AUGUCGUUCCAUGCAACAUCUCGACAGAAUCAGAUCCCAAUCAUUGACUUAACCGAAUCAUUCACGGAUGCGACAGUUCGUCAUGAAACAGCAAAACAGAUCGAUGAAAUAUGUCAAACAAUUGGCUUUUUCAUUAUUACAGGACAUUCGAUCGAUAGAAACAUUCAAGAUGAUAUGAUACAAGUGUCGAGAGAAUUUUUUCAUUUGCCUUUACCGGUCAAACAAGAGAUAAUUGGCUCGAAAGAUUAUCCUUAUGGUUACAAUGGUUUAAAUGAUGAAAACUUAUCACUCGGUUAUGAAAAAUCCUCAUCAGCAGCACUUUUGAAUGAUGUUAAAGAGAGUUUCUCGAUUGGUCCUGAGCACGAACAACCAAUUCGAUGGCCAACCAAACCUGCCACGAUGACUUCAGUUUGGUUAAAGUAUUAUGCUGAAUGUCAUCGUUUAUCCCAACAUCUUUAUCAUUUAUUUGCUUUGGCAUUACACCUAGACGAACACUGGUUUGACGAUAAAAUCACCUCGCAUCGUUCCGCAUUACGCUCCUUGUAUUAUCCAUCGUUUUCUUCCCCGUUACCUCCGAAUCAAUAUCGUUCAAGUGCACACACUGACUAUGGCGCAUUUACUAUCCUGAAACAAGAUUCCAUCGGGGGUUUACAAGUACAGAAUCGUCUCGAUCAACAGUGGAUCGACGUUCCAUACAUUGAGAAUAGUUUUGUUAUUAAUCUAGGUGAUCUAAUGUCGCGAUGGACUAAUGAUCAUUGGGUGUCCACUCCACAUCGUGUGAUUGGCCCGCAGAAGCAAAUUGAUGCUAAUUUGUACCCAUCACGACAAAGUAUUGCUUUCUUUUGUCAAAUUAAUCCGGAUGAAAUCGUCACUUGUAUACCAACAUGUACAACAGCAGAGAGACCAUCGAAAUACCCACCGAUUCGAUCAUGGGAUCUAAUACUAGAAAAAUAUUUAGCUUCGACGCAAAAGAAAGAGUCAACCAGUGUCUAG